UUAGGGUCCAAAAUCGAUAUUGUGCCUGUUAAUGGCCUCUUUUUCUACUCCUCCUCCUCCUCCUUCUUCUUCCCGUGGUCGUUGGAUUUAUGAUGUGUUCAUUAAUUUCGGGAGCGAAGACACUCGCAAGAUCUUUAUCGGCCAUCUUUACAAAGCGCUGGAGCAGAAAUCAAUCAAAACCUUCAUUGAUGGCGAUGAUCCGGAUCUCUUGACAACUAUCCAAGUGUCAAAGAUCUCGAUUGUAGUUUUUUCUAAAAACUAUGCUUCUUCUUCCACGCGGUGCUUAAAACAACUUGUUCAUAUCCUAGAUCAUAUGGAUCCAGAGAAGCAUAUAGUGGUGCCCAUUUUCUACCAAGUAGAUCCGUCUCAUGUUCGUAAACUCGCGGGAAGUCUUCAACCUGAUCACGGUUCUAACGCCAGCAUCGAAGAGAUGCAGAACUGGAGGUCCGCUCUAACUAAAGCCGCCGGUAUAUCUGGCUGGGAUUCACAAGAGUCUAUGGAUGAUGCCAAGUUUAUUGAGGACAUUGUGCAAGAUAUUUUUAGUAAAUUGCUCCAACUCAGCAAUGUUUUCAUCAAUUUUAGAGGUGAAGACACUCGCCUCAGUUUUGUCGCCCAUCUCCACAAAGCUCUGUAUCAGAAAGCAAUCCACGCCUUCAGCGAUCUUGGAGAGCUUAAUAAAGGCGAUGAGAUUUCGAAUCUCUUCAACGAUAUUCAAAAAUCAAGUAUUUCGAUCGUAAUUUUUUCCAAAGGAUAUGCCCAAUCCACAUGGUGCUUGAGAGAACUGGUCGAAAUCCUGGAAUGUGUGGACAGAAAAAUUCAGAAAGUGUGUCCCGUUUUCUAUGGAGUAUCUCCAUCUGAAGUUCGUAAAAUCACCGGUCCUUUUGGGGAUGCUUUUUAUCGAUACAAUGACAAUUCUCGCUUCGACGUGGAAGAGGUGAAGAGAUGGCGCUACGCUCUCACUAGAGCCGCCAAUUAUAGUGGAUUUGAUCGCAUUCAUUCCAAGAAUGAUGCCGAGCUUAUUGAGAAAAUUGUACAACACACUUGGAGAGCCUGCCGUGACUUCGACGUUUAACAUAUCUUGAAUUGGAGCUUGCAGCCGACUGUAAUCAAAUACCAGAGCUUUUCAGCAAGUUUAAACUACAUGGAUGAACAAUAAAUCACAGCUUUGGAAUAGUUUCAACUUUCAAUAAUUUCGUUGAGGGAUAUUGUGGGUUUCAUUGCUUUUGAAUAAAUAAAUUUCUGUAAAACCGUAUAUGUCAAUAAGAUGCUGUUAUCAAGGACAUUCAUUGACUGGCUAGGCCAUUCAAUAGAAUAUCCUGAAAGCGUGUUUUUAGGGAGGCGAACUUCGUCCUGUAGACAAAUCCCAAUUUUAUGAUCGUACCAUUACGAUUGCGGCAUGAAGUGCUUAUUACAUCUUUGAUUGUAUGAGUGCGAGUGUGGUAGGGGAUUUAGUUUGUAACGGGUUGUGUGGUUGUACUCUUUUCUUUCUGUAUCAGAAAAAAGAAAAAUUGCCAAUAAGGGUCACUAUUAUGAUGACAAUAUGGCAAAUUUGACAUGUC